AGUACGCAUUGGACAUAUACAUAUAUCGUUAUUGGUCCACCCGGAACUGGCAACACGUGUUUUCCCAAAAAAGUCUACAUUUUUUCAUCGAUUAUUUAAACAAAAAGAAGACAUCAAUUAACAAAAGAUUGUCUUUCGGAUAAAUGUGUUAGAUCGAACCUUGAAAAAUGCCACGAAGUGCAAAGGAAUCCGAAGACGAGUUCGAGAUCAGAGGUCGACGAACACGAGCUUCGGCGCUGUCUGUGACGGAUUCCCCUCUGCGUCGAAGCACGAGAAACAGGCAGAUAACGAAGGACGAUUCGUCCCCGGAGUCUGUGACGAGCGAUGGAACAUCGACAAGAGCAAAAAGACGAAGAACACCGACCCUGGAGUCGACACAGGCUGAUCCAGUGAGGAAUUUGAGAUCCAGGAAGACAUCAACGACAUCUGAUGUCUCGGAAGCUACCGAGAGCGAUACUGGGGGUGAUGGAAGGAAAAGAACCACCAGAAGAAGUUCCAUGGCAACAACAGGCAUUGAUACACCCACCAAAGUGAGAUUGAGACGAACGACCAGAGCAGGCUCUGAAUCGAAGACCCUUUCCCCGAUGGUGCGAGUUACUCGUCGAACACGGGCUUCAUCGGUUGACCCAGAUUCAGAGGAUCGUCCCACGACUCCAUCAACAUUCCGCAAACAACGAGCAUCGGUGCACCUCACGGAGCUUCCAGUAGUCGAGGAAAUGGAGAAAGUCUUAAAACACACUCAAGAGGACGACGAAGUCUUCGUCAUGGACGAACCAGAGCCCGUCCCAACGACUCCCGCUCCCCCGGCCUCUGACAACGUCAUAAAUACCCCCCAGGAUGCGGUUAUCGCCCAGCAGACCUCAACAGACACUCGUCAAAAGCUCCUCGACGUCGUUUCGAAGGACAUUCCAAAGGUCCUCGUUGAGAAAACGGAGUUGGAAACGAGUCCUGGGAAAGAGAAUGAAAAGACCCCUAGAAUUACCAAUCCUCGUUCCCUAAAGCUCUUCAAGGCCUCAGCCACCGAUAGGAAAUCCUUGAACUCCAUUGUCCUCACCUCAAACAUCGAUGAGAAAGUCCUGAAACCGAUAACUCCAAAUUCCAAGCACCAGGAGAAAAUAAUCACCCUGGAGAAUGAUCUGAGUGAAAAGAAUAUGGAGGACAAAGAGGGUUCGAUAAUUUUUAUCGAUGACACAGAUACCGAUGAGGCUGAUAGGCCAGUCGAGGUCUUCAGGCAGGAUAAAACCUCCAAGAGCGUUCAAAAUGACGACGAGAUUAUAAUCGCCCCAGUGUCUAAUGAUGACAUGUCCCCAUGCAAGUCUCAAACACCUGAGGGUGACAUUGUGGCCCGACUCAAUGACGAGAAGCAAUCCCAGAAAUCCGAAGCAGAUCAAGCCGAUCAGGGUGAAUCAAACCUCAAGAGCCUCUUCAAGGAUAUUCCUGCUGAGGACUGGCAGAGGGGCACAUCCAAGUCUCCAGUGAACGUCGAGGAUGAGGACGAUAAAAGCGACGAGGAAUCCGACCUUGAGUUAGUGGGUAAGGGCUGGUCGGCUGAUGAGAAUGACGCCGGCGAGAAGAGGGACAAUUAUAAUUACGAUUCCGAUGACACUGUUAUUGUUCAGAAGAAGAUGGAGUCGGGCGAGGGGGUGGAGGAGAAUGAGGAAAAUGAGGUGAGGAAUAAGGCUAACAGAGGUAGGAGGGGAUCUAGGAAGUCUCUGGAAGACUCCGAGGAGCCUGAGGCGAAUCUAGAAUUGCAGGAGCAGUUGAAUCGAUCCAGGGAUUUAAUCUAUGGAUUUGAAUCAGGAAGGCUUGAGUUUGGGGGGCUAGUGGAGGGGAAGAGUCCACGAGAGGAAGAAAAAGGAGAGAAUUCUGAGGAGAAUUACCUGGGACCAGAGGAAAUUGAAGCAAUGGAGGUCGAUACCGAGGAAAUGCCAGUGCUCGAAAGUCAGAUAAAGGUUUCUCGCCCCAAUGAGGAAAACAGUUCUAGAAGAGACACGUCCAGGCGGAGCUCCUUGAUGAAGUCCAGUGAGGGAAAAAGCCCAGGGGAAAUCUCCUCGGCGGGGCUUGAAGUCGUUGAUGAGAGCAAGGGUGUCACUCAGACUUUGAGAGUUUCGCUUGAGAAGAUCAGGACUCCAGUGAAGGAGAGGGAGCCCUCGGAGGAGAGCAGAAGGGAAUCAUUUCUCGAGAAAAUGUCUGAGGGGGUGAAGGCGAGUCAGACGUCUUUGAAGAAGGAGAAAGUAGUUUCAGGGACGGAGGAAGUGGAGAUGAAAGAUAUAACGACAGCCCACGAUGAAGGGGAGUCUUCAGAGGAUGAGAGUGAAGCUCGUGAGAAGACUAGGAGGAGUCUCAGGAGGGCUGCAAACGAAAACAAAAGUCCAGUGGCAGCAGAGGACGUCGGUGGAAAAAAUGAUAAAGAAGGAGAAGAAGCUGGAGGCGAUGGAGGAGGUUCAGGGGUUGACGAGAUCCUCAGAGGGUCCAGAAAGAGCUUGAGAAGAUCAGCAACUCAAGCACCAGGAGACGAAGGUAAUGAUAACAAGAUUUUGAGUGGUAAGGAAAAAUCUCUCGUUGGCCAGGAGCCAUUAGAUGAUGUUGAAGACGUCGGAAGUGCGCAAGAAGCUCAAGGCAUUGAGGACGUCGUUGAAAAGUCCAACAAUAUCCUCAUGAGGUCAUCAAAGCAAAAUAAGGAUGAUGAGAUAAAUUCUUGUUGGAUGCCAAUGUCAGAGGAUGAAGCUGAUGAAGUCCCUUCAGAGGUAUCGGAGACCCUGAACAAGUCCAGAAAGAGCCUCAGGAGAUCUCUAACUCAACCAAAACAGAAAACACAUGAUGAGAAAACAGAUGAUGAGGAAGAAACACCAGCGGUUGAAGAGACGCUCAAUACUUCCAGGAAGAGCCUUCGAAGAUCACUAACUCAAUCAAAACAAUACGGAAAUAAUGAAAAAAAAUCUCCUCAAAAGAGAGAAUCUCUCGCGGUUGAGAAAUCAUCAUCAGACAUUGAAGAUGAGCCUGAAGUUGAUGAAGAAGCUCCAGAGGUCGGAGAGACUCUCAAUACUUCCAGGAAGAGCCUUCGAAGAUCACUAAAUCAAUCAAAACAAUACGGAAAUAACGAAAAAAAAUCUCCUCAAAAGAGAGAAUCUCUCGCGGUCGAGAAAUCAUCAUUAGACAGUGGAGAUGAGCUUGAAGUUGAUGAAGAAGCUGCAGAGGUUGAGGCGACUCUUAAUACUUCCAGAAGGAGCCUUCGAAAAUCACUAACCCAAUCAAAACAAUACGGAAAUAACGAAAAAAAAUCUCAAAAGAGAGAAUCUCUCGUGGUCGAGAAAUCAUCAGACGUUGAAGAUGAGCUUGGUGUUGAUGAAGAAGCUGCAGAGGUUGAAGAGGUUCUUAAUACUUCCAGAAGGAGCCUUCGAAAAUCACUAACUCAAUCAAAACAAUACGGAAAUAACGAAAAAAAAUCUCCUCAAAAGAGAGAAUCCCUCGCGGUCGAGAAAUCAUCAUCAGACGUUGAAGAUGAGCCUGAAGAUGAAAAAGCUCCAGAGGUUGGAGAGACUCUUAAUACUUCCAGAAAGAGCCUUCGAAGAUCACUAUCUCAAUCAACACAAGAGGCAAAUAACGAUAAAAAAUCUCCUCAAAAGAGAGAAUCUCUCGCGGUCGAGAAAUCAUCACCCGAUGACGGAGAUGAGUUUGUAGUUGAUGAAGAAGCUCCAAAGGUUAAAGAAACUCUUAAUAUUUCCAGAAAGAGUCUGAAGUCGUCGAUGAAACUCAAGAGUCCAUCCAAUAGCUCGCAUGAUAACUCGAUAAAAUCAGAGAAGCGCCAGAAACAAAAGUACUUCGAUAUCGACGAAUUACAGUCAUCAAGCGACGAAGAAGACGAACCCGACAUCCUCAAGAAGAAGAAGCAAAAUUUGUCGACAGUAGUAAUGGUAAAUUCGGAAUCGGAAAUGGAGGAUGUAUCAGAAGACUCUGACGUGGAGCAGUCGAGGGUCGUUCCCUCGUUUUUAUACGGUGGAAGCUCAGGUUCAAGCGACGAUGAAGCACAGAAGGACAUCGAGAGGGAAUACAAUUUGAAUGGGGACAGCCUUGUAUAUUCUGACGAAGACGUACCUGGAGACGACCUUGAUGGCUCUGAGUCAGAAUUGAGUUCCGAUGAAGAUGAUGGACACGAUUUGCAUGACUUCAUUAACGACGAUGAAGAGGAAGAUGAGGAGAGCGAUGACGAAGAAAACGACGAUGAAAAUGAAAAGGAGAAUGAGGAAGAGAAUGACGAAGAGAAUGAGGAAGAGAAUGAUGAAACUGUGGAGCUCGAAGAUGAAGAAUCAGAGUUGGAACUAGAGGUGAAGCCAAAGAUGGAGAAAAGAACGAGUGAAAAGCGUCAUGAAGAGUUAAAACUCAAGGGAAUCCAGAAGAAAUCCAAAAAGAAAAUGGCAGAGUUAGAGAGCUCCAGCAGCUCUUUGGAACUCCAGGUGCAACCAGAGACUGUGAAGAAGAGUAUGGAUAACCGUGACAAAAUCAAAUCAACAUUGAAAGGACUUCCGCUUAAAAAACCAGGUAAAAACACAGCGAUGAACCUCACGAUGAUUCUAGAUGAUUCUGAAUUAGUCGACAUGAGGACGUUGAUGAAAGAGAAACUGAAUGAUUCGAUGCCAAUCCUCAAGAUGAAGAGAUUGUCCAGUAGGAGGAGUACCCUGGAGGUAUUGUCUGAGGAAAGACCUAAGGAGAAGAUGAAGGAGAAGAAGAAAAAGUCAGAGGAAAAUAAGCAGCGGAUCCUGACGGCGCAGGACGUUGAGGAGCCUCUGGUCGAGCUGAAGAAGACUAAGAAGAAGGUGAACUCAGAGAACUCAAAGCGUGAAACCAUAAAAAGGAAGAAGCAGGACCUAACGGGAGAAACUGAGAGUCAGAGAAAUGGCAGCCAAGGGCUCGCAGCUGGAUCUAAGAGACCGACUAAACGACUUCCUGAAGAGAUCCUUGAGAAUCUUCCUGAUGUGCCCUCAAGACCCAUGAAGAAGAGGAAGAUCAAUCAUGAUAUCUUCAUGCCCACUAGGACAAUGUUCGAUGAUGAGAAGAGAAAACCCAGGGGUUUGAGCAUUGAUGAUGCGUUUGUGCCUCUCAGCAUGUCUGGGGGAACGACUUCGUUCGAGGUCGUCAGUUUGAAGAAAAAUAGAGAGAGGAAAAACCCCAGUCACAGCUUCAAGGAGAAAAUGAUGAAUAGAGCAAGGCGACAGCCAAUGUCUGCGUAUGUGGUGUAUCAGCAGAAACUUCAGGCCUCAGGGAAGAAUAAGUACUGAGGGACUGAAGACGCCAUUGAAUGUGAGUUUUGCUUUUAAGAUACUGAAUAAUUGAUUUUUCAUACAGGGACAGUCUUUUCUGAACGACUCGACUGUUUUUUUUUAUAAAUCCCAUCGUCUGUUCAGGAUAUUUAAAAAAUGGUCGAUUGAUUGAUUGAACAAUAUUCAGAGGAAACUUAAUAUUUUGGUUUAUAAAUGGAUAAUUCAGGGAAUAAAUUAUCAUUUAAUUACUGAAAUUACAUUUCUGAUACUUUGCGUUGGACAUUGAUUGUUCCUCUUCAUUUAAGGAUAUCAUUGGUUUUCAAAGAAUAGUAGUUUUGCAGGUUUAUUAAAUAAUUAUUCUGAGUUAUUCUUUAGUGGAUCAAUCGUGGGAGAUGAUGGGAGAGGUAAACAGUUCUGGGAUUACAAUAAGCCGUAGGCCUUUCCCUCAAUAUUGUGAUUCCUUACGAAGAUACUAGGUAUUUAAU